AAAGUAGGGAAACAUGGCAGCUUACAUCAACGGUAACUUGGACAUCUCAGCGUCUAUCGCUGGCAUUUUUAAAGAAAAACACUGCCCUGGACACUUGCAGGUUUUAAAAACAUUUACCACUGCCUUACGGGACAAGGAAUACAGAGAUGCUGUGGAGGAGGAGGCGUUCUCCAUUCUUCUAAAGGUACAGUCCCAACUGUGUGAUGAGCUGCAGGCUGCCAGCAGUGAGGAUCCUGACCUACAGUCUGUCCCCCUUCAGCUGCAGUUGGCUGCUGAGUGCUUCAGGGCUCAGAGGAACUCCUGUGUCCAGAGCGCUCGCAACCAGAGUCUGCUCAGGGAGCUUGGUUUCAUUGAUGUGUCCCUUAAACUCCUGGGCCUACUUCUGACCACAAAUGUGGAGAGCAGAGAUGACAUAUUCGAACCUCUUCGUUGUGGGAUCCAGUUCCUUGGUAACUUAGCGGUUGGAAACCAGAUGUGUAAAGAUGACAUUUGGCGGCUGAGCUUCCCAAAUCUUCUCCUGCAGCUGCUCAGUGUUGACGAUGAGAAGGCAGUAAGCUAUGCCUCUAUGGUACUCCACACAUGUCUGGAUGAAGCCAAGGUGGAAGAAGUGUCGGAGCCACAGAACAUCCAGCUGGCACUCAGGGUGAUGGAGCUCUGUAGGAUUCAACCUGACCUGGACUGGACGGUUCUCAUUGCUACCCAGCAUUUCCUCAAAUCUUCAGCUCUGGUGGAAAGCAUGUACUCUGGGAUGUCUCACCAUGAAAGAGUUACUCUAUUAGAGCUUCUCUUUGCCCAGUUAAGAGAGGAGGACUCAGAGGAGUGUGGCAUCCCGCCCAGCGUGGCUCGCUUCCUGGCUAGUACCUUCCAGAAUGGCUGUGGUGCUGUGCUGACACUCGCCACUGGCUCAGCUUCUAGCGAUGAGGUCCUGCAGGAGGCACUGACAGUGAUUAGUCUGCUAGAUGUGCUGUGUGAGAUGACGUCAGACCUCAGGCAGUUCAUGUUCCUACAGAACCAUCCUGACCUACUAGUGACCACUGUUGAGCUCCUGAAACAGGUGCACGCUAUAGGGAAGGCCAGUAAGAAUAUUUUCAGUGCGGCACAAAACUUCUCCUCCUUCAGUGGAGAUGGAGACUCCUCCUCCAAUUCUCCCGUAAUCAGCUUCAAGGCUCACCUCAUCAGGCUGAUAGGAAAUCUCUGUCACAGCAAUACCAACAACCAGAACAAGGUGAGAGAACUAGAAGGCAUCCCCCUCGUCUUGGACAACUGCAACAUAGACAGCAACAACCCAUUUAUCAGCCAGUGGGCCAUCUUUGCCAUCAGGAACCUUCUAGAAAACAACAGGCAGAACCAGGAGCUGGUCGCCGCCCUGGAACGGCGUGGCACCGCUGACUACUCUGCACUCAGGGAGUUGGGUUUCCUGGUGGAGGAGCGAGAUGGAAGCUUGCUGCUCAAACCUGUGAAGAAAGACUCUUGAAAACCUUAGAGGGUCAGCCAGGAGAGGGGAGGUCCUCAACCCGCAAGCAGGUUUUCAUGUGAAGUAUUUAUUUAGAAAGGAAUAAAGUACAUGUGCACACGUAUAAGCUUGUGUGAACAUGCACUCAUGUUAUGUUACAAGCCUCAUUUUAUCAUUACCCUACAGUUAGCUAAUACUUAAUUAACCUUCAUCUGCGGGUGAAUGACCUGUCCUCAAACCCAUACAUUUUGUGCCUGUCCAGAAUAAUUGACAGCCACACUGCCGAUAGAUUAACCAGACAAGCAUAUUUAAAUUAAUUAUUUCUAUCAGAGAAGUAUGUAUAACUUACUUUUCUACCUCAGUAAUGCUUGCACUCAUGUCCAGAUGGAGUAUUCUCGAUAUACAAAAGGCCCAUGGGGUUCCCCUGGUACAUAAGCAUGAGCUCUUGUUUUGUUUUGACCUGAGUCAGGGAAAUGAAGGGUCUUGGAGAGGCGAGCACAUGCUGGUACCUUUUGGCAAGGCUGAUGCUUUGUGGUUUAAUCCAAAGACAAAGAGCACCACAGUGUCCCGGCUUUUCACUUUUCACAGACACUGAUGUUACCAGCAGGGGUUGGGUUUUAAUCCCAAGCCCGUAGUGACUUCUGCAGUAACCGUGAAACCGAGAAUGACCAAAACAUGAUGUAAUCAACCCCUCACCGCCUUACCUACUUAAAUGUCUUUGCCAGAAGGACAAAUACUUGUUUUACUCAUUCAAAAGCUUAAAAUAACUACAGGCAUAAUAUUAUUAAAUCAUAAUCUAAGGACAUCUAAGUGUGCAAAAUGCAAUACUAAAACCAAUAAUGACUGAAGCUAUGCAUGUUUUGUAAUUUAAAAUCAAUGCUCAGUAUACAGUAUGGGCUUCUCCCUGUAUCUCUACUUGCUUUUGUCAUUCUUCUUGUAUCAAGGUUACUAGAGCAACGAGUUUUAUGCUCAACAUAGUGAAUUUUAUCCUAAUCUUAACCUUCAGUUUAUAUCCUAUAGAUAAGGCAUGAGGGCUAAUGGCUGGCAUCAUAGGUCAGUAAGCAUCCUUAAACUCACAACAUUGAGUUCAUGUACACUUUAGACCGCUUCUCUUCGCUCUGAGCAAACUAUGUUUGAGUUUUACAAGACUGGGUAGACUUAUUUUGGUUUUUUUUUUAGAUUUAGUAAAUGCUAUACUUCCUAUUUAGCUGUAGUUUGUCUGUGUGUAUGCGUCUUUUGAUCAGUUAGUGAUUCUGGAUCAGUAGACGAUGGAUGAGAGCAUACUGAAAGUUUACGUCCAAAGAGUGAGUGAAUGAAUCAGACCAGAAGCAUUAGUUUGCAGAAUUACAUCCCUCCCUGCUCCUCCUGUUUCUGGAUAAGCUGAAUGAUCCUGACACCUCAACAAUGCAGUGCUUUACGUGCCUGCCCACACCCUGCUCCACCCUGUUUGCUCUGCCUCUGAUUUUUAAUGACAAAAUGUAUUGAAACAAUCGGCUGGAUUCUCCCCUCAAUCCGGCGGCAUAGUGAAGGGAGCUUAUGCGGUUCCGGUCCCCAGGAUUUCAGACGGCUAACAAAACAGCUGUUACUUGCGCUCGACUGGCUGGCUGCAAUGCUUUUCAGCCCCACAGGAAAGAGGCUGUGCGAGUCAGCCGGGCUGAAUGAGGUGGCAGGGCCGCGGCGGUCUGUUCACCUCCUGACGCUUUAGUACCACAUCAGUCACGGACAGAAGUUCUUCUAUUUCCCAUAUCAGCGUUUUAUACCACAGGCCUCUACUAUAUUGUAUUUGUGCCUUCUGGUUUGAUAUUCUCCUUCAACAAAACCCACUUUGUCAGGGUGUAAAGUAAAUGCUUCAUGUUGGGUCAAAUAAUAUGCUUAAUAAUGCUUAAUAAAGUGUUGUGUGUGACAAA